GAUUUCCUGAGAGGCAGAUAAUAUCUUGAUUCAACAACACCAAUUCUGUCCCCAACGGUCUUCUUCAUCAUAAUGGACAAGUACAAGUUUCCUCAUGACCCAAUUGCGGAUCCCGCCUCGGUUGUGGCCGGGCCGCAAUACCGCUUCACCAUCCUCAACGACCUGGUCGCUCGAUAUGAAUGGGCCGAAGACGGCGUGUUUGAAGAUCGCGCCUCAACAUUUGCCAUCAAUCGCAAAUUCCCAACCCCGCAGUUCAACGUCUCAGACACGGACGACCAGCUCACCAUCAGCACGCCGGCAUUCGACCUGACAUACGAUAAGAAGAAGUUCAGCGCCAAUGGGCUCCAUGUCAGCUUCCGGGCCAAGACUACCCUCUGGGGCGCCAAUUGGCGCUACGGCGAUCCGCAUGACCACGAGAACCUCGGAGGGACGGCGCGGACCCUCGACGGCGUCGACGGGCGCUGUGAUAUGGGUCUUGGAGUUCUGUCUCGCGCGGGCUAUGCUUGCAUUGACGACAGCGACUCGAUGCUCUUUGACGGCCAUGGCUUUGUCGCCCCUCGUCGGUCCGGGGAUCGCAUUGACGGAUAUCUCUUCGGCUACGGGUUCGACUUCCAAGGUGGCAUGAAGGCGUACCAUGCCAUCUCAGGAAUUCAGCCCUCGGUGCCCAGGUGGGCAUUGGGGAAUUGGUGGAGUCGAUACCACUCCUAUACCGACAAAGAGUAUCUCGCCCUCAUGGACAACUUCAAGGCUGAAGCCAUUCCACUUUCCGUCGCCGUCAUUGACAUGGACUGGCACGUCGUCAAGGGAGAUAACGUUCCCCAUUCCGGCUGGACAGGCUAUACCUGGAAUAAAGAGUUAUUCCCCGACCCAGAUGCUUUUGGAAAAGCUUUGCGAGAAAGAAAAUUGAGAAUGACCCUCAACGACCACCCCCAUGCAGGCAUCGCCUCUCACGAAGAUAUAUACGAGAAGGUGGCCAAGCACUUGGGUCACGACACCACCGAUAAGGCGACUAUCCUCUUCAACCCCACCUCGCCAAAGUUCAUUGACGCAUACCUGAAUAUCCUCCAUCGAGAUCUUGAGAAGAACUGCGACUUUUGGUGGAUCGAUUGGCAGCAGGGCUCCUCCUCCGCCAUCCCUGGCAUCGACCCUCUCUGGGUCCUUAACCAUUUCCAUUACCUCGACAAUGAGAAACAGGUCGAGGAGGGCAACAAGCCGCUGAUCUUCUCACGGUUUGCUGGGCCAGGUAGCCACAGGUACCCUGUGGGCUUCUCCGGCGACUCCAUCAACACCUGGAACUCUCUCAGAUUCCAACCCGAGUUCACAGCCACGGCGUCCAACAUUGGUUACGGAUGGUGGAGUCAUGACAUCGGCGGCCAUAUGUUUGGCUAUCGCGAUGAUGAGCUGGCCACUCGGUGGGUCCAAUUCGGGGCAUUCUCUCCCAUCUUGCGGCUUCACUCCUCGAACAGCCCUUGGACCUCCAAAGAGCCGUGGAACUUUCGUGCAGAAUAUCACGGGGCGAUGAAGAAAUUCAUGCAACUAAGACACCGACUCAUCCCGUACAUUUACACUGUAAAUGUCACCACGGUACCACAUGGCAUACCGCUGGUCCAGCCUUUGUAUUGGAGAUUCCCCGAGCGCGAUGAAGCGUAUCAUAAGCCCAACCAGUACUUUUUCGGAUGCUCCAUGGUCGUUGCACCGAUUGUUGACCCCAGGGAUACCAGAACGAAUCACGCCGCCGCAAAUGUUUGGGUACCUCCCUCUAGGCAUGUGGACUUGUUUACCGGGUCAGUCUACGAUGGCGAUCGUGAGAUCGUCAUGUACCGCACGAUUGACCACAUUCCGAUAAUUGCUCCUGAGGGAUCAAUAAUUCCACUGGACAAGAACCUCCAGCCCACGAAUGGCAGCUGUAACCCCGACGGCUUCGAAGUCCUCGUGGUGGUGGGCUGGAAUGGCAGCUUCACCAUUGUCGAAGACACAUUUGACGACCCCGGUGGAGUGAGCACACCAACUGCUGCUGAGAACAUGCGAAGCAGCAGGACUGUUGCGUAUGAUCAAUCAAUUGGCACCCUGUCAGUGAAAAGCGGCUGCAAAAGCUGGAGAUUUAAAUUUAUCUCUCUUUUGCAAGACCCCGCAUCAGUUUCAGUCCUUGUCGAUGGUAUCAAGAUUGACGCCAAAAUUACGAGGGACGAAUUCCCCCUUGUCCCAGGUCUCAGCGUUGAGAUUCCAGAGGUCUUCUCUCAGGAUGCAAUCAUCAAAAUUGCCCUUGGUCCAGAUCCGCAAUUGAGUAUCAUGGACCCGACCCAGCGCAUCAAAGACUUGCUGCUUGACUACCAGGUGGACUUUUCGGUCAAGGACAAGCUCUGGGCCAUAUGCCAAUCAUCGCGGCCAGCUACAACCAAAAUUGGGAUGCUGACGGGAUUGGGACUCGAUGAAGUGUUGCUUGGGCCGAUUUUAGAAUUGCUCGUUUCCGACAGUCGGCCAUCCAGCCAUUAGCUUGAAGACAUUUCGGAUAAAGGCCCGGGUUCGGGACGAUGUCGCCGCUCGGGAAGUGGAGAAGAGAGGCAUUUUCGGGACCCUGCUGGCAACCAAGAAAUGAGCGGUUAACUUAGGCCCUGAUCCGCAGUUUUUAUG